CCGCUCUGCAACCAAACGACUCCGUCAGUGGUGCUUUCAAUUUGGACUAUUUCUUAUCGAUUGCAGAGUUUUUGUGCAUUGCGUCAUCGGCGGUUGUUUCGAUGGGUUUCGUUGUGAAUUGCACGGCUAUGAGCUUAAAGAAGACAUCUUUUGUGGCAAUGGGGAACUGGGGUUUAGUGUUUGGGGCCCUGGCAUUGGUAAUGGCUGUUGGGAUUGGGGCGUGGAUUCGGUGGCUGCAAUGGAGGCGGAUAUGCAGGGAGUCGGUGAAGGGCGGGAUAGAGGUGAAUUUGUUUGAGAGAAUUGAGAAAUUGGAGGAGGAUUUGAGGAGCUUGGCCACAAUCAUUUGGGUCUUGUCAAGGCAACUUGAGAAAUUGGGGAUAAGGUUUUGGGUUAAAUGACCUUACCGUAAGGCUUUGAAGGAGCCCAUUGCCGAGACUGCAGCUUUGGCUCAAAAGAAUUCUUAGGCCACUCGAGCAUUAGCAGCACAAGAAGACAUUUUGGAAAAGGAGCUUGGAGAAAUUCAAAAGUUUUUGCUGGCUAUGCAGGAGCAGCAGCAAAAACAACUUGAGCUAAUUCUUGCAAUUGUGACUUCUGGGAAGGUUCGGGAAAGUAGACAGCUUUGUCACGGGGGCUAUCGGGUUUUCAGCCAGGAGAAAAGUUUCUUAGGCUUGCUGGAUGUAUGCAGUGCUGGGUGGUAA